AUGGCCAUGGCUGCGAUGGUUCGUAGGUCCUUGGGUCACCGCUUCCCCGUUCGCAGCUUUGCCGCGGUGGCCCAGCCACAGACGUUUGCCAUCUACCGAUAUGACCCGGACAAGCAGGCCAAGCCUUUCUUGCAGGACUACACCAUUGACCUCAAGGCUUGUGGCCCCAUGAUUCUUGACGCUUUGGUCAAGAUCAAGGACGAGGUGGAUGCCACGCUCACCUUCCGCAGAUCCUGCCGCGAGGGCAUUUGCGGCUCUUGUGCCAUGAACAUCAACGGAAAGAACGGCCUCGCCUGCCUGCUGUACAUCGAGCCAAGCAAGCAGGCCAUCGAGAUCCAGCCCCUGCCGCACACCUAUGUCGUCAAGGAUCUUGUGCCCGACCUUACGAACUUCUACAACCAGUACAAGUCGAUCGAGCCAUGGCUGAAGCGGAAGGACACGAAGGCCAAGGGUGAGAAGGAGUACUUCCAGAGCCGUGAGGACCGCGCAAAGUUGGAUGGCAUGUACGAGUGCAUCCUGUGUGCCUGCUGCAUGACCUCCUGCCCCUCCUAUUGGUGGAACCCGGAGUACUACCUCGGCCCUGCCGUGCUGAUGCAGGCCUACCGCUGGAUUGCGGACUCCAGGGACCAGUUCACUGAGGAGCGACUUGCAUGGGUCAACGACACCAUGAAGCUUUAUCGCUGCCAUGGCAUCAUGAACUGCACCAACUGCUGCCCCAAGGGCUUGGACCCCGCGAAGGCUAUUGUCCACCUCAAGGAGCAGGUGGCAGAAACCUACAAGGACGGUUGGAAGUCCAUGAUGACGGGGGAGAUUGUCAAGAACAAGGGCCGCGAGUCGGGCAUGAUGUACAUGUGA